CUGAAAAAAGAACAGAGUCUUACAUCAGGAGCCGAGCAGGACAGGAGACAGGGCUAGGGGGCACACAGGUGUCUGUGAUGGCUGAGCAGAUCGUGGGGAUUCUGGAUGAGCUGAAAGGAGAAGAAUUUGAAAGGUUCACACUUUAUUUAAAUGACGAGGUGCUACAAGGAUGUGGACCCAUUCCACAGGGUCAACUGGAAGGCAAAAAAGUGGCAGGGGUUGUGAAAUUGAUGAAGAGUUUCUAUGGUAACAAGAUGGUGAAUAUCACACUGGAGAUCUUAAAGAAAAUUGAUCGAAAUGACCUUAUUCAGAGACUGGAGAGCAAUCCUAAAAUGGAUGAAUCCAUAAAAAGAGCCCAAGAUGACCUGAAAACUCAUCUCAGGAGGAAGUGUCAAUGCAUAUUUGAACAUGGCCUCCUCAAUAAGAUCUAUACAGAGCUCUACAUCACAGAGGGGGGAAGUGGGGAGGUCAAUAAUGAACAUGAGGUCAGACAGAUUGAGACAGCAUCCAAGAAACAAACCACACAGGAGACUGCAAUCCUCUGCAAUGACAUCUUUAAGCCUUUACCUGGACAAGAGAAACCCAGAACUGUGCUUACAAAGGGCAUUGCUGGCAUUGGGAAAACUGUCUCUGUGCAGAAGUUCAUUCUGGACUGGGCAGAAGGAAAAGCCAAUCAGGACAUUGAUUUCAUCUUCACUCUUCCUUUCCGAGAUCUGAAUUUGGAGAAGGAAAGAGCAUUCAGUCUGAUGCAACUUCUGCAGCACUGCUUUCCACAAAUGAAAGAGAUCAAAAGUGUUGAAGGUGAUGAAGUCAAAAUGGUGUUUAUCUUUGAUGGUCUGGAUGAGUGUCGACUUCCUCUAGAUUUCCAAAGCAAAGAAAUCUGCCGUGAUGCAACAGAGUCAUCAUCAGUGGAUGUGCUGCUGACCAACCUCAUUAAGGGAAAUCUGCUUCCCUCUGCUCUCCUUUGGAUCACCUCCCGACCAGCAGCAGCCAGUCAUAUCCCUCCUGAGUACAUCCACCAGGUGACAGAGGUACGAGGGUUCAAUGACCCACAGAAAGAGGAGUACUUCAGGAAGAUAAUCAAAGAUGAGAACCAGGCCAGCAGAAUUAUCUCACACAUAAAGUCAUCCAGAAGUCUCUACAUCAUGUGUCACAUACCAGUCUUCUGCUGGAUUUCUGUUCGUGUUCUAGAGACAAGUUUGAGUAAAGCAGAGAAUGGAGAUCUGCCCAAAACUCUGACUGAAAUGUACACACACUUCCUGCUCAUUCAGACUAAUGUGAAGAAUAAGAAGUAUCAUGGCACUGAUGAGACAAAACCAGAGAUCUCAGAGUCAGAUACAGAAAUCAUCCUGAAACUGGGGCAGCUGGCUUUUCUACAGCUGGAAAAGGGCAACCUGAUAUUCUAUAAAAAAGACCUCACAGAGAGUGGCAUUGUUGCCAGUGAAGCGUCAGUGUACUCUGGGGUGUGCACAGAGAUCUUCAAAAAGGAGUGUGGGUUGUAUCAGGAGAAGGUCUACUGCUUUGUGCAUCUGAGCAUUCAGGAGUAUCUGGCUGCCUUGUUUGUGUUUCAUUCUUGUGUAAAUGAGAACAGAAAUGCACUCCAAGCAAAAAAAUAUCGCAGUGACAGAGUGCAGCUGUCUGAAUUACACAGGAGUGCAGUGGAUCAGGCCUUAGAGAGUAAGAAUGGACACCUGGACCUUUUCCUCCGAUUCCUGCUUGGCCUCUCUCUGGACUCCGUUGAGACUUUCUUAAGACGCAAAAGAAAUCCCAUUGUUACAUUCUUUCAAAGACUAAGGACACAGCCAGAAAGCAGAUCAGAGAGCAUUGAGAAAACAGUCCGGUACAUUAAGGAGAGGAUCAGAGAGGAAUCUUCAGCAGAGAGGACCAUCAAUCUGUUUCACUGUCUCAAUGAACUGAAUGACAACUCUCUAGUGCAGGAAAUCCAGAAUUCCCUGAGAUCAGGAAAACUUUUUGAUAAAAAGCUGGAACCAGACCAGUGUUCAGCGCUGGCCUUUGUGUUACUGAUGUCAGAGGAGAUCCUGGAUGAGUUUGACUUGAAGACCUACAACACAUCAGCAGCAGGUCAUCAGAGGCUGGUACCUGUAGUCAGGAACUGUAGGAAGGCCAUACUGAACAACUGUGAACUCACACAGAAGUGUUGUAAUAUUGUGGCCUCAGCUCUCCAGUCAUCAAACUCACCCCUGAGAGAUCUGGACCUCAGCUACAAUAACCUGGGAGAUUCAGGAGUGGAACUGCUCUGUGCUGGACUGAGGAGUCCAAACUGUAAACUACAGAGACUGGGACUGAACAGCUGUAACCUCACAGAGAAGUCAGGUGAUAUUGUGGCCUCAGCUCUCCAGUCAUCAGACUCACCCCUGAGAGAUCUGGACCUCAACUACAAUAACCUGGGAGAUUCAGGAGUGGAGCUGCUCUGUGCUGGACUGAUGAGUCCAAACUGUAAACUGCAGAGACUGGGGCUGGGUUGGUGUAAUCUCACAGAGGGCUGCUGUGAUGUUCUGGCCUCAGUCCUGCGUUCUUCUCACUCAGAGCUGAGAGAUCUGGAGCUCAGAGACAACGAGCUGCAGGAUUCAGGAGUGAGAGCGCUGUCUGCUGGACUGGAGGACCCACACUGUAAACUGCAGAGAACGGGGCUGUCAGGCUGUAGAGUCACACAGAGAGGCUGUGAUUCUCUGGCUUCAGCUCUGUGUUCAAACCCCUCACAUCUGAGAGAGCUGGACCUGAGAUACAAUCACCCAGGAGACUCAGGAGUGAGAGCGCUGUCUGCUGCUAAACUGGACACACUCACACUGCUUGUGGACCAUGGAGGAGAGAACAGGACCAAACCAGGACCCAGGAAAUACGGCUGUCAGCUCACACUGGAUCCAAACACAGCGUGCAGAGGGCUGUCUCUGUCUGAGGGGAACAGGAGGGUGACACACACAUGGGGGAGAGAGCAGCCAUAUCCUGAUCAUCCGGAGAGAUUUAAGUACUGGCCCCAGGUUGUGUGCAGAGAGAGUGUGUGUGAGCGCUGUUACUGGGAGGCUGAGUUCAGUGUGUCUGAGGGGGGGGGGGGGGUUUCUAUAGCAGUGACAUAUAAAGGAAUCAGCAGGAAAGGAGAGGGUUCUGACUGUGGAUUUGGAUUCAAUAAAAUCUCCUGGAGUCUGGAGUGCAGUAAACUCAGUGACUCUGAUAAACUCAGUUAUGCUGUCUGUCACAAUGAGAACCUAACAGACAUACCUGUCCCCCCCUCCCCCUACCGCAGAGCAGGAGUGUGUGAUGAUGCUCGUAGAGGAGUGUGUGUGUACAGGGUAGGAGUGUGUGUGGACCUUCCGGCCGGCACUCUGUCCUUCUACAGCGUCUCUGACUGUGACACACUGACCCUCCUGCACAGACUCCACACACACUUCACUCCACACACACCCCUCUGUGCUGGAUUUUAUGUGUGGAGGUCCUCCUCAGUGUCCCUCUGC